CUGAAGCGGAAGUCCUCCACUCUCUCAAAAUGUCCGCGGCCGAUGAAGACACGUUGCCUCAGGAGGACGAUGAGUUUGAGGACAUGGAGGAGAGUGAAAACGACGAGGAUGAUAUGGAUGGAGAAGGACAGAACGGGGAUGGAGAGGGGAAAGUCUAUGUCCCCGGUCUGCAGCCGCUUAAGCCGGGAGAAGAGCUGGAGAUGGACCGCUCCGCUUACCGGAUUUAUCACGAGUGCCAGACCGGUGCCCCAUGCCUGAGUUUCGAUGUGGUGCGUGAUGGUGAAGGAGAAGGGCGAGAGCAGUUUCCUCUCUCUAUGAUUCUGUGUGCUGGUACUCAGUCUGAAACCGCCUUACGCAACAGGCUUAUUGUCAUGCACAUGCACAAUCUUCAUGAAACUGAAAAGGAUAAAGAUGAAAAUGAAAGCAGUGAUGAAGAAAGUGAUGAAGACGAGGAGGAUGAGGAGAAGAAACCACAGUUGGAGCUAGCCAUGGUGCCACAUUAUGGUGGGAUCAACAGAGUCCGAGUCACCCAGCAAGGGCAAAAGACAUUUGCUGCGGUCUGGUCAGAGAAAGGACAGGUGGAGAUUUUUGACCUCCAACCUCAGCUUGAGGCUGUGCAGAGUUCAGCAGCGAUGUCAGCCUUCAUCAAGCAGCAGAAGGAAGCCACGCCUCUUUUCACUUUUUCUGGUCACAUGUCAGAAGGGUUUGCCAUUGAUUGGUCAUCCAAGGUACCAGGACGCCUGGUAAGUGGUGACUGCAAGAAGAACAUUCACGUCUGGGAGCCACAGGAGGGCGGGACUUGGAAGGUUGACCAACGGCCUUUCAGCUCACACAGCAAGUCUGUUGAGGACCUGCAGUGGUCACCUACUGAAGCCACUGUUUUUGCAUCUUGCUCAGUGGAUCAGUCCAUUCGCAUCUGGGACAUAAGGGCACCACCUAAUUCCAUGCUCUCAGCCGACGAGGCUCAUUCUUCAGAUAUCAAUGUUAUCAGCUGGAACAUGACCGAACCUUUUAUUUUGUCUGGAGGAGAUGAUGGCCUACUGAAAGUCUGGGAUUUAAGACAGUUCCAGUCUGGACGUCCAGUGGCCAGUUUUAAGCAGCACAGUGCUCCCGUGACGUCAGUGGAGUGGAACCCUGUUGACUCAAGUGUGUUUGCCGCCUCUGGAGCUGAUGACGUGGUCAGCCAAUGGGAUCUGUCAGUGGAAUCAUGUGACAUGGGAGAACAGGCAGAGGGCUUAAAACAACUACCACCACAGCUACUGUUCCUUCACCAGGGCCAGAAAGAAGUGAAGGAGCUCCACUGGCACCCACAGAUUCCUGGAGUUCUCAUUUCCACCGCGCUGUCGGGAUUCAACAUCUUCAGAACUAUUUCUGUUUAACUGUGUGUGUGAGUGAGAAGAGAGACAGAGAAAGAGAGUGUGGACAGUUUCAGGCAGAAAGAAUGUGCAUGUGUAUAAUUUUAAACGUACAUAGAUGGAUGAAUGGAACAUCUAGGUAUGUGUGACUCAUGCAUUUCUGUCAUUUUUCUACCCCUUCUGGAACCAUUUUCCUCAACUUCAUGAAGCAAGCAGUGUUGUAAUUGUGUGAUAAAUUACUCAUUUUUACAAGUCUGUUGUUUAUUAACUUUAUUUAAAAGUUAUAGCACCAUCAUGUUUACUGCAUAUUUCUUGUAGCCAUUCAUUUAAAAAAAGGCUUCUUUUCUCUUAAUGGACAAAACAGAGAAAGAUAUUUUAGUCUUUCAUUCUGAAACUCUUAAAGGCAGACUGUUGGUUUUAAGGCAGACUCCUGGUGUUUUGGGUUAAAAAUAUAUUAUACUUCCCACGUUAUAAUAAACAAUGUUUUGUUAGUUCCUA